AUGAGUGGAGCUUGGAAGCUUGGUGUCAUUGCCUUGCGACGCGAAUCUAGUGUCGGGGUCUUCAUCAGUUCAAUUGCCUUGUUCGGCGGGACCAACCGCACAGAGAUCGAGAGGGGAAGCCGAGGUAAGCUGUGCCGGCACUUGCCUAAAGAGUGGGGCCCCAACGGAUCAGCCACUAGUCCAAUAGAAGGCAUGUACGUCCACAUGGUGAUGGGAUCAGUGUUGAGGUCUUGGAAGAACGUUCGUAUAGGGUUCCCCCUUCGAAGCCAAGUUGUAUUGCACAGAUCUCUCGGACGCAUGAUGGUCCCGACUUCUAUCCUCCGUCUGGCCUUCAAGACAGCAGGGGAACGGGAGCCAUUCGGGGUAGUCAAGCAGCUUGAGACCUUGAACGCUGCAUUAUAA